AUGAAACCUCACCAGUGUCCAGAGUGUGAGAAACAAUUUCGUCAUCUUGGAGACAUGAAGAAGCAUAUGACAGUGCAUACAGGUGAUAAACCUCACCAGUGUCCAGAGUGUGGGAAAAGUUUCAGUCGCCUUGGAAAUAUGAAGAUGCACAUGAUGAAGCAUACGGAGGAAAGACCUCAUGAGUGUCCAGAGUGUGGGAAAACAUUCUGUCAUCUUGGAGACAUGAAGAAGCACUUAAUCAUGCAUACAAGUGAAAAAUCUCAUGAAUGUCCAGUGUGUGGGAAAAAAUUCAGUCGUCUUGGAGACAUGAAGAAACAUGUGAUGGUGCAUACUGGGGAGAAACCUUACGAGUGUCCUGAGUGUGGGAAAAGAUUCACUCGUCUUGAAAGUAUGAAGUCCCACAGGCUGGCACAUUCAGGGGAGAAACCUCACGAGUGUUCAGAGUGUGGUAAAAGAUUUAGUCGUCUUGAAAGUUUAAAGACCCACAGGAUGGUGCAUACUGGGGAGAAGCCUCAUAAGUGUCCAGAGUGUGGGAGAAGAUUUAAUUCUAUUCGAAAUAUGAAGACACACAGAUUAGUGCAUACAGGGGAAAAGGCUUACGAGUGUCCAGAGUGUGGGAAAAGAUUCAGUUCUCUUCGAAAUAUGCAAAGACACACGAUGGUGCACACUGGCGACAAGCCUCAAAAGUGUCCAGAAUGUGGGAAAAUGUUUAAUCUUCUUAGUAAUUUGAAGAUACACAUGGCAGUGCAUUCAGGUGAAAAAUCUCACCAGUGUCCAGAGUGUGGUGAAAAAUUCAGUCGCCUUGGAGACAUGAAGAGGCAUAUGAUGACGCAUGUGGAGGAGAAGCCUCACGAGUGUACAAAGUGUGGAAAAAGAUUUAGUAUUCUUGAAGGUACUGUAGCUCAUAGUAGCACUGAUGCAAAUCAAAAGCCUUUAGAGUGUUCCGAGUGUAGAGGAUUCAGAGAACACUGCAGCAUUAUUGCUAACAUAGCACUGAGCAAAUGUUUAAUGUCUGGAUUGUGGGGAAAUAUUCAUUCAUCUUCAGAAUGUGAAGACACACAUGAUGGUGCAUACGGUGAAUAA